UUUUUUUUUUUUUUUUUUUACUUGCUUUUUGAGGAGUGAGCAUAGUUAAUUCAAUCAAAAUAGUUGUUAGCUUGAAGCUCCACUGAUACGCAUGCUCUGUAUGAUUUACAUGAACAUUGAAGCAAAGUAGACUCUGAAUCAAAGAACAAUGGGAGAUUAUGAUGAGGGCUUGGCUAGCGGGGAGUCGUUCCCCUCUCACGACGAGAUCAAGACAAUCGUAGAGCAGAAAGCGAGGGAGCUGUUCAUGGUUUGCGAUGUGGAGCAGAAGGGGUUUGUGAGCAAGCGAGACAUGCAGCGGCUCGUCGAUGAACUACCUCUCAUGCCUGAUCAGCUGGAGGAGGUCUUUGAUUCCCUGGAUGACGACAAGAAUGGAUACCUGACGCUGGAGGAGUUUACUGAGGGAUUCGGAGGAUUUCUUGGUCUUAAGUCGGCUCCCAUAGAUCACAUUGAGACGGAUGAUGGAGAGUAUACAGAGAAUCGAGAUCAUGAUGAGAUAGAGAGAGACUUCAAACAUGCAAUGGAAAGCAUCGGUGCUACAGGGGUCAUAGCUGAACAUGAUUCAGUCAAGGAUCUGUGGAAGAAACUGAAUCAAGAUGAGCCAGGUCUUCUGACAAACUUUGAGGAUUUCAUCCAACAUGUGUGCUUGGACAAGAGGACUUCACAACUCAAUACAGGCGAACUGGAGAAUGCACUCAAAAGCCGAGACACCAUACACCAGCAGGACAUAAAGCAUCUGUAUGAGGAGAUGGAGAGACAGAUUCGGAUGGAGAAAGAAAAGAUCCUUUCAGAGGAAAAGGAGAAGGAGAGAAAAAUCCGAGAGCAGCUGGAGCAUGAUAUGCAAACCAAAGACGAGCAAUUGAAUUCAUUACUCAACAAACAAGCAGAGCUGGAACACAAGCUAUAUGAACUGAGUCUGACUGAGACGGAGGUCAAGGAAGAAAAUGAGUCUCUUCAAGAGCAAAAUGAACAUUUAUCCAUGAAGCUUGAUUCCUCUCAGACUGAGCUUGUAGAAUCCAAGACAUACCUCAAAGAAAUGAAUGAAAAACACUUGAAAGAUAAGAGAGAAAGAGUCAAGAGCAAUGUUAAGAUAGCACAGGGAAUCAUGCAGGAAAGAGAGAGUUUAUCUGUACAACUGGAGAAAUUAAAGGCAAUGAAUCAGCAGCUACAGGAUGACAGGGAUAUGAGGCUGAGCAGAUCGUUAUCUGACCCAUCAGAGGAUGAAAAGAAGAAGACCCUUGUCAAGCAAGGCUCCAUCAUGUCUAAUUACUUUGAAGAGGGAGUUAUCGGGGGGGACGGAGGAGAGCACAUAGUAGGGAGUAGUUCUCUAGACGGGGGUAGAUCUAGUCGUAGGAGUAGUCGUCACAGUGUCCAUCGUCCCAGCAUACACGGUCGAACCUUCUCAAGGGACCUCGCCCAUCAUCUUCAGCUCAGUCAAAGCUUCAUGUACGAUGAUGAUGGGGAGUGUGAGGUCGACGAUGCCUUCCUGGAGAGCAGCGGGUUGCUGUCAUCGGGGCUGAUGUCGCACUCAGAGAGGGUCGUCUAUGAUGAGGUGGAGGAGGACGAGUUUGACGGAGGGAGUGAGGUCGUCAGGAGGAGAUCGGUUGAUAGGGCGUCGGCCAGUAGGGCGUCGGCCGAUAGGGCGUCGGCCGGUGACAAGAGAAAGGCUUUCAACAGGCAGGUGGUCGGAGAAACCAAGUCCAGUCCUAUUGAGCGUAGCGAGCCCACACCAAGCAGUAGUCCAGAGGGCCAGAGAGCUGAACCAGUAGGAGCUCAUACACCCAUCGAUCAGGCAAUAGCUGAAGCCAAGAAGUUACAGCUGGUAGCAGCGAACCGAACCCCAGAGAGGCUGUAUAAGGUGGUGUUUGUAGGUGACUCUGGAGUAGGAAAGACGAGCAUCAUUCAUAGGUUCUGCACAGACACAUUCACAGACUCAUUCAGUGCUACAAUAGGUGUUGACUUUCAGGUGAAGUCCCUCUCAGUGUGUGGUAGCAUCGUAGCCAUGCAGCUCUGGGACACGGCCGGUCAGGAGAGAUUCAGAUCCAUCACAAGGCAUUACUUCAGGAAGGCUGAUGGGAUUGUGAUUCUCUAUGAUGUCACUUCAGAAACAUCCUUUCUCAAUAUCAGAAACUGGAUGAACAGUAUCGAGGAGACUACAGAUGGUCAUGUGGUGAAGAUGUUGCUAGGCAACAAGUGUGACUGUACGGAGGAUAGACAGAUCAAAGAGGAAGUGGGUCAUAGCUUGUCAGAGUCCUAUAAAUGUGACUUCUACGAAGUGAGUGCUAAAACCGGCUCCAACGUGACUGAGGCAUUCACCUCUAUGUCCAAGCUCUUAUUACUCAAAGAAGAUGAAGAGAUCCAGAACUCACUCAACCUCACAAAUGACGAUGGAGAGGGAAGCAAGCGAUGCUGCGAGUCGUCUUAGAAUCGUGCCUCUUGGGAUAAUUGGAAUAGUCAUGUCAUCCAAUAAUGGAAGAGUUUUAGUGAGAUGUGACUGUCGACGCUGUUCUCACUACUUCAAGAAG